AUGCAUCCUAAACAGCGAAAAUCGAUCAACGAAAGGCAUGUCCUCCUGGUCUACCUUCAGCAGUUGUCUGAAUCCAGUUCAACCAUAGAGCAGGAGAGACUCAGAAAAAAAAUUCGUGGGCUAGGUCCACAUAUCCUAGAGGAAUACCUUCCACAGAUAUUGCAUGUCAGUUUUGUGCACUCAAGUGCGACCGUUCGUGAAAUAUUGAGAAAUAUUAUUCUGUCUCUCGUAGGCCGUUCAUUGUAUGCCUCUCUUCGAGUUUCGUGGUUGAUCCUUUCUACUUUCCCCUCUCUUGAGUCCUCUGAAAUGGCAGAGUGCGUAAAACAGUUUCAAGACAGUGUCGAGAGCUAUGCAAUUAAUCGUGUGAUGGAUGGGAAGGGACUGACUGGGCCUUCCCCGCUCAGUGACGCUGAGGAGCCCAGGAUCGAUCCGCACCAUGUUCUUCAAAAAGAAUUUCGACUGAGAAUAUACAACGACGAGCACUGUUUUGUAAAUACACUGACGGACCUUGGUGACCAAUUAUGCCAUAUUACAGAUCGCAAGCGACGCAACGGCGAGCUGCGGAAAUAUCUGUCGUAUUUUAACGAGCGAAUUCAAAAUAUGCAACUGAUUCAUCCACUCGGCUCUAGUCUGGACCCAGUGCGAUGGAUUGUGAAUAUUGUGGUCGACGAGUGCAUCGUCUUUUCCUCACGGGAACGUGCUCCAUAUUUGAUUCGGUACGAAGUGAUAGCAGACGAUACUACGACCAUGCAGGACCCUGCGCAGUCGCUAAUGCGUCUUCCAGAUGGUAGGUUCAAGGUACAUCCGACGUCGGAUAAAAUCUUCGUACCAGAAAACCUUACCCAAACCGUGAUGAGACAGGGACCUAGGAUGUCUUCUCCCUCCCCAUCUAAUGCACCACUCAACAGUCCAGCGUCGGGGUCGAGGUGUGUGCGGGAGAAGUCAGCUGAAUCGGGUAGUCCUGCAAUGAAGUGUUUCGGGGAAAGUCUGGAUGAGCUGAAGGCGCGUAUAAGAUCCACCUCCCCAUGGGGGGCACAUCCGAAUUGGGAUAUGCAUGCUAUGGUUGUAAAGUCAGGGGACGAUUUGCGUCAAGAGGAGCUUGCUAUGCAGCUCAUUUAUACGAUUUCAAGUAUAUGGAAGGAAUGCAACUUGACCUGUGCCGUACAUCCAUACAGCGUGUUACCCACAAACUCUCACUGUGGCCUUUUGGAAGUCGUCGAGGAUUCGAAAUCGAUUGAUAAAAUCAAAAAAUCAUGCCCGACUUAUUCAUUAAGUCAAAUUUUUGAUGCGGUCUUUGGCGACCCCGAUUUGGCCUUGCAUCGCUUCGCAGAGCGGAACUUUGUGGAGAGCAUGGCCGGCUACAGUGUGAUUUCCUACAUUUUACAACUGAAGGAUCGUCACAACGGAAAUUUGAUGCUCUCGCGGGAUGGGAGGCUGGUUCAUAUUGACUUUGGGUUUUUAUUAGUGACCUCACCAGGGGGGCUCAAUUUCGAGUCGGCCCCUUUCAAGCUAUCUCAAGAGCUCAUUGAUAUCAUGGGUGGGCAGGGUAGCGACGCGUACGGCUACUACAAAGUUCUGGUAUUCCAGGCCUUAGACGCGGUCCGUGAGUUUGCGGAUGACAUCAUCGCGUUGAUUUCUUUAAUGGUCCCCAAAACAACUCUCCCGUGUCUUGGCGGUGAUCCUCAAGCGGCUGUUUCGAAGAUACGUGCUCGAUUGCGCUUUGACUUAACCUCAGAGGUGGACUACGCACUUUACGCCAGCGACUUGAUCGCAAGCAGUGCGGACAACUGGCGUACCCGUCGCUAUGACCAAUUUCAAACCCUUCAAAAUGGAAUAUGGUAA